CAAACAUUUGACACUACCUUUGUGACAUAAACAAAAUAAUUAUCUUGGGUUUUACUUUUUGAAAAAUUUUGAAACCGAAAGCAUCCUACCAUCAGAUCUAGUAUGAAAUUGAACCGUACAGCUGUCGUGGUUUUGUCUGUUGUUCUCCACCUGGUCCUGGCCAUGGCCACUAAAAAACAUACAUUAAAAAUCAACCACAAUCUAGCCAUAACAAACGAAGAUUUUGUAGAUUGGGGGGAGCUGACAAUUUCUGAUGGAGCAUAUUUUGCAAUUGUGGACAGUAGACUUGUAUCAUUUGAUGGCUCUUUUGUCAACAAUGGCAGGUUCUACGUGAAAAACACGGGAAUAUCAGAUGUUGUGGUGAAAUUAAAGGUGAUGAAUUUCGAAAUACCGGAAAUUUCAUCCUCAACUCCUUACUGAGCAACAAGGCUUCUGAAUUUUCAAUUCAAACAUACAAAAAAUUCUUGAACACUGGCAAUAUGUUUUUUGGCGGUUCUUUGGCUAGGGAUGGAACAAAACCUUUCAUUAUUGAUUUCAAAAACGAAUGGCAUAACACCGGCAUGAUAGUUUUUCGAAGAAAUUACGGAAAAGUUCCAUUGUAUAUCAACGGUUUCACGGACGGUACACCAGUCAUCAAAAAUUCCGGAUCCAUUUGUUUGUACAGCACCACUUGGGAUGUACAGACAACAAUUGAGGGAAAUGGUUGCAUUAGUGUGGGCUAUGACUCUAUUCUACAUGUGGAACUAAGACAGAACCGGG